ACCGAAGGUUGAAAAUGACAUUUGUUUGAAUUAAAAAAAAACAUUCAUUCCGGUUUCACAACUUCUAAAUUAUGUGUCGAAAUUUAAAAAAUGCAUAGUUUCUUUCUGCUAUCCUAUGCGGUUUCGGUUUUAGGAUUGCUCCUAUCACUGGUGUAUUGGAUCAUGGACUCGCUUCGGUACCGAACACUGAGCCGCAUUGCUGCAUUCAGGCAACGGUCCUUCCCAGCCGGAGAAGAAAGAACACUAACACGAAAAUACGUAAGCCGAUAUCGGACCAAAAUGUUCCAGCGAAAACUGAUCAACGAAAUCAAUCGCAUCAAUGCCAACAAAUUGCGGAUCAAACCAUCGCAGGAACGGUACGAGCUGUACUACGAUUCGGAAGGUACAAUCCGGCUGAGGACUACUACCAAAUCGUCCGGGGUGCAGUCGCAGUAGCAUCGAACCGGAAGGAAGACUAUCCGUGGAGCUCACCAUAGAUUUAUUGAAUAAAAUCAUUCGGAUUCAAUCUUA